CGUAUGACCGCAGUAGUAUAUUUUUACAGGUACAGUUAAUAAUUAUAUUUAUACAUCAUCGAAUUGCGUUGACUAAUUUGUGGAUGUACUGCAUGGAUUAUGUGUGACGGAGGUAGCCGAUUUGCAUCUAUGUAAAUUGACACACAGCCAAUAUAUCUAAAUAAAUAGCCUUGUCUGCAUAAUUCAUACAUUUUAUCCUAUGGAGUUGACAUUAGCUUUGGCUUUUCGCUGUGCGUUAAUGCCCAUAUGUCAUCAUGGUUAGAAUUUCCCACCUUCUGCUGAACACACCGUUAUUUGGCUAUGUCAUUCCCCAUAUGUUCAGAAUUGGAUCAUUGCAGUGCAAAAUAGCAUCUACUAGUCAUUUAUUUGAUUAUUCACAAGCGUCUAUUUCGAGUUUGAUAGUUCCCGACGUCAAUAUGGAGAUCCAGACCAUGGAAACCGGUGGUCGUGGUACCACAGAGUUCCGGAUGUUUUUUGCGGAAAAAGGUCGCAAAGUAUCUCCAUGGCAUGGUAUUCCUUACAAAUGCACUACUAGUGGACUAUAUAAUAUGGUGGUGGAGAUUCCUCGUCACACUACUGCAAAGAUGGAGAUUGCUACGACGUUGGAAGGUAAUCCCAUUAAGCAGGACGUUUUAAAGGAUGGUAGUCUUCGUUACCUUGAUUGCCCGUAUUACUGGAAUUACGGUGCCAUUCCCCAAACUUGGGAAGCACCUAUCGAGUACGGUCUUCACGAUCCCGCUUUUAACGGGAUGUCUUUGAUCGGUGACAACGACCCUGUAGAUGCUGUUGAUGUUAGUCAGACUACUGUUGCUUCAGGUUCUGUAGUUCAGGUUAAAGUUGUCGGUGCGCUUGCCUUGGUUGAUGAGGGUGAGAUCGACUGGAAAAUGUUUGUUGUUCGUUCUGAUGACCCUCAUUUUUCUGAAAUAAAUGACCUAUCCGACAUUGACCGAGUCUACCCUGGCACUACUACUGGAGUAAUGGAGUUUUUCCGUUGGUAUAAGACUCCCAAGGGCAAGCCGCUUAAUAAAUUCCUUCCUGGCAAGAAUUUUGUGGGUGCUGCUGAAGCUGUUAAGGUGCUUGAGGAGAUGCACGAGUCAUACCUCAAGUUGAUACGUGGCGAACUAGACGCCGGUGAGUUGUGGGUGCCCAAGGCAUAGAUUCUUACAAAAUAAUAAUAUAGAUUUAUAGAAUGUGUUU